UCCCUUCCCCUCAUCUCUCUAUUCCCUUACACAGUUGACCAUCGGCUUUUAGUCGGGGAUCGAGAGGCGCUGGUGUUCCUUCCUCUCGAGCUGAAGUGAAAUCCUCCCUUAGGACAAUUUAUUUUCAUCAGCUAUUCAUGGAUAACGAGUGAUUGACUGAUAACAGUGACAAAAGUGAUGGUUUAAAAAAAUAUAUUCCAGUGCCUGAGGUGUCGAGAGGGAUGAAAUUGAGUGAAUAAUUCAAAUGAAAAUUCACCGCCAUCUUCCAGCUGACGAAGGACUCGUUUUCCCGAAUAAUAUUGGCAUCAAUCCUCCCCUGACUCCUGCUGUCAUCCCCAAGGACUCGAGGAUUCAUCACGACAAAUCCUGGAGAUGGAAAAACCACGUAAACAUUCCCCUGGCAUUUAAUUAGUUUAUCAAGUUGAGAGAAAAAAAAAAUGUGCUAACGGGGUAAUUUAUUUUUCACGAGUGACUCUGAAGGGGUUGAGAGGGAACUUCUUGCAUGAGUGUUUGAAGCACCUUCCCCCCUACCCCCUCAUUAAAUAACACUGGAGGACGAUGUGGUUUAUUCGUCAUGUGACAGUGCAAGUUGUGUGUAAAUUGUGUGAGUUUAUUAUUAACAAUUGCAAUGGCAUUAAUGUGCAUUUUUGUGGGGGGUACAGUGUGUGGGGUAUGGACAAACGGUGAUUGAUCGUUCGAGCUUAAAUAUAGGGGGGGUGGGGGGGAGGAGAAGGGGGGCAGGGUUUGGAUCAAUUUUAUUGACAUAAAUCACGAGGGAAAAAGCAUAUUCGAGGAUUUUUUUUGUUCAUGACUGAUGGACGGUUUUGGGAUUCCAUCGACAGGAUUAUAAAUCAAGGAUAAUGAUCAUACGGAAGCCGGGGUGAUUGCGACCGGAUGUCGAUCCAUAAGAGUGAACAAUGGGCCGAUUGCGAGGUGCCCUGACGAUACCUCGCGUGACACACCCCAUCGGUAUCACAGCCAGCCACAAAAUACCAUUGAAAUAAUCACAAUUGGAUCGACCACAGGUAUCGAGUGCCAUAAAUCAGGGUACCAGCCUUUUUAUGAAGAAAAUCAUCCCCCACAAUCGCACUACCAAUGCCAAAGGUGCUAUUAAAAAUCCAGAAGAUCGGGAAAAAAAUCCAAAAACACCAAAAAUCAACCCUCUAGUAUGACGGUGAUGCUGCUGCAACGUUUUGCCGCGCCCCACGCUAAAAAAACAUUAACAAACUCAUGCGAAUACGAAGUGAGUAAUUGCCAAAAAUUGAGCAAUCAAUUGACACUGGUAAUAGACAACAAUACGAGUGAGCACAUCAUAAAGGAGAGUGUCGAUACUAUUAUUGACAACUGCUAUUGCAACAAUAACAAUAAAACAAACAACAGUAGUUACACUGACAAAGAGAAGAUAAUAAACGCAACCAACAGCUGCAAGAACGAACAAUUUCGUAGCAGCGGUGGUUGCUGUCACAAUCAAGGUCUAUCAAACAUCAAUAACAAUAACAGUGAAGCUACUGAGAGUGACGAAUUACUGGGAAGAAAUAGAAAUCCUGGUAGACAAGAGACUAUAACAUCGCGUACAACAACAGCUACCACGGGUACAACGUGUACCCAAUUGACAUCGGCGUCACAAAGCCGAUACUGUAGUCAAGGUGUCGUGAUGCGAUAUUAUCGAUUAUGGAUAUAUGCCUGUAACAUAGUGCUGCUUGGAAGUGCACUUGGCUUUGCCGCUGUUGUAUCACGUACACUGUUGUUCUCGGGUGAUCCGAGACGUUAUUUGGUACCAGGUGUACCAAGAGCAUGGGAUCCAACAGCAUUGUAUGCCUAUCUUGCAUUGGCAACUCAACUUGGUCUUGUCCAACUGCUCGGUUGCAUAGCAGCAAGACGACUAAGUGCCAAGUUACUCAAUGCUUACUGGUAUCUGCUGUUGGCACUGCUCUUUGGUGAUGCCAUUAUUGGUGUUGCAUGGGUAUUCAGAUUUGAGAGAAUGAGAGCUGAAAUGAGACCAGUGCUGAGGCUCAAACUCCAAAGGGAUUACGGUAGGGAGGGUAGAUUCAGUGAUAAUUGGGACAGAUUGCAGAGAGACUUUUCCUGCUGUGGUGUCACUGGUCCCAGUGAUUUUGACAGUAAAAUCAUACCAGACAGUUGCUGCAAUUCUGCUGUGUUAAGUAGUGAUAGUGUUGGUGGAGUUAAUGAUACUGUUGGAUGCAAUCAACCAUUCAACAAUGGAUGUGAAGAGUUUCUCAUGCAGUGGUUGAGAAAAACUGCUGAUUUACUAUUUGUCCUUGGUUUUUGUGUUAUAGCUUUUGCCAAGUUGUGCUUCCUCGGUAUCCUGAGGUAUGAAAUUAGGGAGAUGAUACAGAAAAUACGAUUGCUGAGGGCACCACCGCCAAUGGCAUCGGCUGCUUAUAUACAGUCAUUUUGUCAGCCAGCAGCUAUGCCAACUGCCGUUACAACGACAACAGCUAGUGGUUCAUCUUGUACAGCAACGGCAACGUUAGCUGGUAGUGAUGCCAGUGGAAAGGGGAUUAUGAACUACGUUGGACCCAGACGUACGACACUGCCCAUUGUCGUUUCAUCAUCCACCAUCACAAAUAAUCCAUCGAGUUUCGGCAACAAUGUACCCCUACUUCCACAACAGUUGGACCAGGACUACGGUGUUAAGCAUCCCCUAUUAUUCACGAGUAAUCUACAACAGGACACUGGUACUGACAGUGAUACUAAUAGUCACUCUGCACUUAUCCUCGAGGAAACGACACCAACAUCGACAGCCCACCGCAAUUGCAGCUCAGCCAAGGAGAAGAGCAAUGGUAAUAACAAUUAUGAGAUGAAGGAGUUUAAUCAUCGUUAUUUAAUGUCAAAUGGUGGUAGUCCACCGACGGGAAUAACUAUUGUAGGGCAAAACAGAAGGACCUGACUAUGGAAGUGGUGGCGACAAACGUCGAAUUGUUUUUUAUACAGAAAUAAUAGACCAGUCGAGCUUGAUGCAUUAUACAAGUAGCCAGAGUUAUCGAGAUUAUUGGUUUAAUAUUUUUUUUGUUGAUCAUUUUACAUGUCCGGGGAAUUAAUUGCGAGAAGUUCGCUGAGGGGAAUGAUUUAGAAGGGGAGGACUAUGAUUGGCAUAAAUCUGGAUUUUUUAUUGGAUUUAUUUCUCGUAAUUAUCGUAAUAAUGGCAAACGGUUGAAUUUGAACAAUUAUUCAUAGAGAUUAAUUGAAGAUUCGGUGAAUGAUAUGAAGCGAAUGUUCUAUUCAUUUGGUGACAUCAAAUAUUUCAUUAUUAAUUGAAAAAUUGUCCCCUCAAUUCCUCCCAAAAAUUAAUUAAACUCGACUCGCGCUCGAAUUAAUUCUCUUGGGUAUCAAUUCACCCCAUGAACUAAAAAUAUAUUAAAAUAACGUCUAGUCGAGGGUUGCGUGACAAAGGCUGAAACGUGUCGAGUUGUUUUUGAGUAUCAGAACGUAUGAAAAACAUAACGAAAAAAAAUCUAUUCGCUCCUGUUCAAUUUCCUCAACACUUCCCCGACAUUUCCUCAACUCUAUUUACCCAAAAUCUUCAGUUACAUCAUGAAAACACUGGAAUAAUUACUAAGAAAUCACGUUACUGCCAGUACUCGAUGAGAAGUUUGCGUUCAGCAUAAACGACCAAGAAAUGACAUUAAAAGAGAUAAAAACAAUUACAGGGGAGUGAAUAAAUGCGGAAUUGUGGGAGAGAAUUUAGGAGUCAGGUUGAACGUGAAUGUUACGUGAGUGGAGAUCCCCGAGCAUUAACGUAAUUGCCCUCGUCCGAAUUAAUUUAGCAUAUAGACUUAACAACAGAAAUAUGUUGGGAGGGAAAUGGGGGGGGGACGAGAAAAACGUUUUCGAGAGGAGUCUGCGGACCAGUUGGAGGCCUUUACUGUCGUGGAUGAAACACUGGUUGUCAUUGAAAUGUUGAUACAGUACAUACGUCUUGCAUAAACACCACGACUGACACGAAAAAAAAAUUUACUCAAUUUAUUUGAGCUCCAUUAGAGUCUUCACACCUGUUUAAUUAUUAAAUUAUUUCUGCAGUGAAUGAGUUUCUGGGAAAACGGUGGAAUAUUGUUGUUUUAAUUUUUUAAAACCAUAGGAAAAGCCAAGAGACAUUUUUCGUUUGGACGUUCACUGAUAUUUUCUUGAUAAACCUAAAAUUGGAAUCAAGUUUAACGACUCCCCUCCGAAAUUCUCCCCCAUUUUCCAUUCUCUCGUCUCUAUAUUUUCUCGGGACAUUGACGAACGUGACUGUUUUAUUUUCGUCACUCUAUUUGCACCAUUACUUCAUAAUUACUGUCCAACUGACACGCAUAUCGCUCGCUGUGUACAAAAUUAACUCAAAACUGAGAAGGAAUAACAAUGAAAGACAUUUUUUUGGAAGAAAUUAUCGAUUUCGCGUGGAUCAAAGAUAGUGAUCACUAUGUUCAUUAAAAAAAUUACGGAAUAAUGAAAUAAAUUGAGUAACAACGUACAAAAUGCGUCCGAAUGUAAACAGUAACUAUUUCCAACGUCAGGUAAUUGAGAAAAAGCAAUUGGAGAAACCAAAAAGUGUAUUCCGAGAGAAAAAUAACUCAUCACGCACGAGAAAAAUUGAUUGAAAAGCAAAUCCGAUAGAAAUUUUUUCCAUUAAAUAUUUUCACUUCAAGAACUUCGCAAGAAUUACCCAGAUUUUUUUAAAUAAAUUUUUUUCGUACGUGAUUUGUUCUCAUGUUUGUUAUCAGCUCAGUUUAUUUAACCAUUUUUUUGAAAACUCCUUCUCAACGUGAAUAAUCUAAGAACGGAACAAAUAAUAUUUUGUCAUAACGACAUGACGAGUGUAACACCAUUAGAACAAACAAAUUAUCAAGAAUUAGUGAAGAACUGCUCCGAUACGUAAAAACGAACUAAUUGAGAUGAAAUUCGAGACUUUAACGAUAAUAAAAAAUUAGGAUGUUUGUAAUUUAAUUGAUAGUCGUCAUAAUAAAUAUAUAAUAUAAACCAAUGAACAAGAAAUAUUUAAAAAAUGAUGAAACAAAAAUAAAGGAAUGAUAAUUAUAUAAUUGGGUAACACGAGUGAAGUGAAUAAUUAGAUGAGGGAAUGAUGGGAGCUUUGAAUAGUGCCUGCUUUAAAGAUGAAAAAUAAUAUAUAUAAAGAGUUAAAUUUAAAUACGAGAAAUGGAAUAAAUAAAUUGAUAAUGAAGCGGUGAAAUGGGAUGAGUCAUCUUAAUACUGGCAUUUGUGGGGGGGAUUAGUUUUUAUUAUAAAUAAAUUUUAUUCAAUGCACACAAGUCAUUUCUGUGAGUAUAUCGUCCAUAUAAAAGUAUUUCUCCAGUCAUUUAGUUCUAAAUAUCCCUGAAAUUUCCAUAUUUCCCAUUAACUACCCCUGACUCAGCCCGUUUCACCCAAACCCUCCUAAAAUUACCUAUUAAAACUCAGUUAAACGUAUAAACUAAAUUGAAUUUACCUAGUUCACACAGUGGUAUCUAGAUAAGCCGAACCAGAUGAAUAAACUACAGCGAAAAAAAAAACUCAGUGUAAAAAAGAACAACAAUGUAAUUCAUGAAAAAAAAAGUUUCAUGCUGGUGUCUUUCAUUGUGUGAUGGGGAUGACUGUUGUUUUAUGGGAAAUAUAUUCAGAGAGUAAUAAAUUAUAACAGUUGAUCGUGAGAGAAUAAUUGUGAAUGUUAGACGAAUGGAAAACAACAGGAAAAAAAAACCAACCAAUAAUAGAAACUAUCGAGACUGCUUUCCUAUACCCUUGCUUUGCUUUUUGUAAGAUGUAAUUGAAAGAUAAAUUUAUCUAAAAUAAAAAAUAAAAAUAAA